ACUCCAUCUAGUUGGUAAAACACAAGUGGUCUCGUGUUAUAAACCAAUAAUUUAUUUGUUUUUAAAUAUAAGUUGGUAUUAUUUAAGCUGUGUUACAUUUAUGUCAGAGAUUUGGAGAACCAGAGUUUGAUUUGCUGGUCUAGUUAAAGUUUCUGACGUUUGUUCACAAAACUGACCUUUUAGAUAUCAAUGAUUGCAGGUCUGAUUAAAUAAAUCAUUCUGUGAUUGAAUAUGUUGUUUCUAUUAAUAACAUUUAGAGUUACACAAACCAAACAGUUCCUGUCAUUAGAUUUUAUCUCUGCGGUGAAUAAAAACGAGACGGGAAUAAACUUUGAGUGUAAGGAAGGAGAUGAGAAGUUCCUGGUUUUGAAGUGAAGGAGGAAGAGAAGCGAAGUUAGAAACCAGCAGCAGCUCAAGAUGAAGGUCACUGUAAUCUGCCUCUUCUUCCUCGCACAGCUGCAUAAUGGAGAAGCUGAAUCUGUUCGAGGAAGAACCUACACAAAGAUGGAAGGAAAAAACAUCACAGUUUCAUGUUCAUUUACCUUCUCUGGGUUUACAAUGUACUUCUGUAAAACAGACUGCAGAGGAGACAAUAUUCUUAUUGAGACGACUGAUAACAGAGCGCAGAGUGGCAGAUACAUCAUUGAAUUUAAUAGAACACGUGUUGGAUCAUAUGUUGUUUAUGUGAGCAUUAUGGAGCUGAAAACAUCUGACUCUGGAUGGUACAGAUGCACUUUGGGUAGAACUGGGAUUCAACACAAUGAUUUUGAAAUCUUUGUUUUCUCUGCUUCUCCAACAGCAACAACAUCAACAUGGAGUCUGAGCUUCUCUUCUUCUCCUCCGUUCUCCUCUGAAACAACCAAACAGUCCAGCUCAUCAGCGCCACCUUCAGAUGUUCUGCUUUCUGUCGGUGUGGUUAUAACCAUCAUGAUCAUCGUUUUGGCUGCAGCUCUUCUGGUUUUCUUCAAACACAGAAAAAACAAGCAGCAUGAAGCAGGUUCUGCAAAGCCUUCAGUAGGAGCAGAGUAUGCUACCGUCAUAAAGCCCAACAGAGUAAAGAGGGAACCUGAAACCCAAAGCACAGUUGAAAGUGACAGCCUCAAUUACUCUGAGGUACAUUUGUCCAAAUAUACCACCAUCCUGCACAGCAGCGCCCCCUGUGGUAACCAUGGAGACGGCGUCAUCUACACUGAACCUCGGACAGACGGAAAACAUGGCGGCCACAGUGAAGAGUAGUGAUGGGUAGAUGAGGCGUCAUGUAUCGUUUCGACACAUAGCAAAACUGUCGAUUCUGUGUCGAUACUGUGUCACUCAAUACUGACACCUGCUGGACAUUAAAAAUUCCUACAGGCAACGUA